AAAACAUCCCAAACUCGUAAGUGGGCGUUUGUCAUAAGUUGAAGAGCAGAAGUUGAACUGACCGCCGACUGACGACUGACGACUGACGUUAACCCUUUAAAAAACGCCGGCUCUUCUUUGAUAUACUUUAGCUAAUUAAUCAGCUCUGUGACUCUUUUACAAAUACAAGUGCCAUUGUUCAGUUCUGAUGAAUUUUUAGUUAUCAAUCAAAUAAUCAAACUCCGGAAAGAAGAAAUAUGAAGGAACUUGCGGGUUUUUAUUAUGAUGCGGAGAAGAACAGAUACUUCCCUCUCAAAGGCCCAAUUCCUGGUUCUUCUUCUUCUUCUUCCAAAAACAAUGCUCAAAAACCAUCUUCAAAGCCUACCCAGGGAAUCAACUUUUGUGGCAGAACUAGAGUAAGAACCUCUAAGCUGCUUCAAGGUCGGGAAUUGAAUGGUAACAUAAUUGAUUUCAAUAAAGGGAAAUGUAACUUCAUGGAGGAAGUCCUAAAGAAACAAGCAUCCCAACCAAUGGUAUGGAAAUAUCAGGGGACUGAAAAGAUGGCUGAUGGUGCUUUGGACCAGAUGCAUAUACAUUUACAAACACCUGAGGGUCAAACUGAGGUUGAUGUUUUAGUUACAGGGGGCACAGAUGGGUCCUUAAGUCUUUUCGAAGUUGGAAAAAGUGGACAACAAUUUCAUAAUGGGCUACAAUUUAUUCCAGAUCGUGUGGGGCCUGUGAUUGAAGAAACCAAAGCAGAGUGUAGCAAAACUCCUGAACGUAUUUGGCGGCCUAUAGGAGCUUCACUACAUAUGCGUUCAAAUAUAUCUUGUAUAAAUCUUUCUGGAAAGCACUCUCCAUAUGCUGUUGGUGAUGGUUUUAGCAUCCAGCAUGGCUUAAUAACUACUCUUGGGUCUGAGACAUUUGGUGGAUCUGUUUGUAUUCUUAAUAUUCUAGAACCUUUAGAUCUCUAUUCAAGUACUUCUAUAAGACAAGGGAUGCAUGUGGUUACUUCUUUCAAUUGCACCAUUUGGACUGCAGAUUAUAACCGCAAUGCAAGUCAAGCGGUGAUUGGCAUGUACUUUUUCUUCAGAACCGACCUUGGAGCUGCUUUGGUCAAUUUGGAAACAGGAACAGCAACAUGGGUACUUAGAAGUAAGAGUGAUGUUUUAGCCCAACAGCUUGAUCAGUCGGGUAAUGUUGUUCUGUGUGGAUUAAGAAAUGGAGCAAUUGUGACGGUUGAUGUUCGGGAAGGGUCUGCUAGAGAAAUUAGACAUAGAAUACCUUAUUCACUGCUGGGAAGAUCUCGUCAAAAUUCUAGUAAACAGUGGUUUAAGCUCAGUGGAUACAUAGAUCCUUCUUGUACCUGGUAUAUGCCUUCAUCUAUAUGCUGUUUGGUAUCACUGCAGUCAUAUGACCAGUACUUCCUAUCCAGCUCCAUGGAUGGAUCUAUUAGGCUUUAUGAUCAUCGCAUGUCUAAGAGAGGCGCUAUACAAUCUUAUGAAGGACAUGUGAACUCCCAUACUCGUUUACAGCUUGAAGUUGAUCAAUCUGAAAGAUUUCUUAUGGCAGGUGGAGAAGACUGCAAGUUUCGCCUUUGGAGCAUAAAGUCAGGUGAACUGCUUUUUGAGGAAAAGUUUUCUGAUGCAGUUCUCUCAACUGUGUGCUGGCAGAGACCAGAGAGAUGUAUGAGAAUACCAGAUGAAAAUAAAAGCCAUGAAGACUGCCUAUCUGGGCUGAAUAAUUGGGGAACCUGGUGUGGAUCACAGGAGGGACUAUUUUACAUGCAUUGAUCAUGAUUGUCAGUUGUUCUUAAAUGGCAUUUGUCGGUCAGAAGAGAACAGUAAGAUUGGCUUUAGACCUCUCUGCAAAUACAAGAACUUUUAGGGAAAUGUGCAGGCAUGUCAAUUUUGUUAAUAUAUGCUGUUACGUAGUAGCAAUGUAUUUGUCUUGGAAGCUUAUCCAACUCUUGUUUUGUUUUGUUUUGAAGUAUUGGUUUAAGCCAUGGUGUAAUGCUUAAUUGAAGUGGUGAUUAAUCGAAUUAUGCUAUUAAAGGGAUUUUA